GCCCCUCAUCUACGGUGGACUAGAGAGAGAGAGAGAGAGAGAGGACUCUGUGGGGAUUGGUCUUUGUAGCCUUUUGGCCUCUUGUGGAUUUUGUCCAGCCCCUUGCAGAAAAGCAACAGAAACUAAAAAAAAACAGUAGGAACUACUAGCUCCCCUAGUUGCUUAUAAGAGCUAGAAGGUUACUCAUAAACCCACCUCCCUCCCCUUUUUCUCUUUUCCCUUCUUACCCUCUCUCUCUCUCUCUCUCUCUCUCUCUGGUUUGCGAGAGUAAGAAUUAGGUGCAGUCCACUGCAAAAGCAUGGACACCCAACGCAACUCUCUGCUCAGUUGGGCUUACUACUGCCAAGGCAAGAGCAUGGAUGACCUAAAGCAUUCUCUUCUGUGCACAACCCUAGAGCUGGAAUCCACGAGGCUAGCCGCUCAAGAGGAGCUCAGAAGGAGAGAGGACCAAUUAACCCAUCUCAAAGACCUCCUCACCAGAGCCAUCCGAGAGAGAGAUGAAGCACACGACAAAUGCCAGAAACUUCUCUACGAAAAAAUCAUUCUUCAACAACAACACCACCACAACCAGCACCAACAGAACGCCCCACUAUCUGGAAUUUCCAGCAUUGAAGAUGAACCUAGAAGGGGAAUAGACUCCAACAAUGGCUUCUCCUCCUCAGAUUGCGAAGAAAGCAUCGUUUCCUCUCCGGUCAUGGACCCAAUUGCGCCACUGAAGCUAGCGGCGGUGGCAGCGGCGCCUCCACCCCCUCAUCCUCCCCACUCUGUUCCGGAUUCGGCACUAGAACUGGUGCCGGAGAAGCCAUUGCCGGAAAAGGGAAAACUUUUGCAGGCAGUCAUGAAAGCGGGUCCUCUCCUGCAGACCCUUUUACUCGCGGGGCCGCUUCCUCAGUGGAGACACCCACCACCGCCAAUUGACACAUUUGAGAUCCCACCGGUGGCCAUCCCAUCGCCGCCGCCGCCGCCGCAGCUCCUCCACCACGAUCCUUUAAUCAACAUCAAUGCUUCCAACAUCGCCACCAGCUGUGGCAGAGUGAACAGGAAAAGGGCUUUCUGCGAAGGGUCUGAUUCCUCCCCGGAGACCAAGUUCCCGAGGGUGGUUCUCCAUUGACAACUACAGCUACAUAGUAACUUAUAUAUAGUUCCUACUUAUAUCUACGAUUCUGUACUGUUAGUGGGGAUGAAAUUGGAAGAUGGGUUGUUCAACUGAUCAAGAUUUUAAGCUUUUUGUACAGAGUUUUUGGUCUAGAAAGGGUCUCAACUUAACCAAGUAGAGAGUGUGUGUGUGAGAAAGAGAGGAAGAGGGGGAGUUCAAACUGGUUUUAGUCUUUUGCUUUUUGGCAAGUGUUGGUGAUGGAGAAUGGAGAUUUUGUCUCCGUCUUCACGUUUCAAUUUUCCUCCCUGAUCUGAAAAAGGGGCUGAUUUCUCCAAUGAUCUGGUGGGUUGUAACAUGUAAUUUUCUGAACUUCUUAAGUUAAUUGGUUGUGGGUG